AGGUAUAGAGGAUUCGACAGGAAAUGAUCAAGCGUAUGAUCUUGUAAGAUCGUAUAAAAUCUUGUGACUUCUUAUAAGGUCGUAUAAUUUCUUAUACCUUCUUUGUGUAAGAUCUUAUAAGAUCAUAAAAGAUCUUGUACAUUCCUAUGAUAAGAAAAAUCUUGUAAAAUCUUAUAAGAAUCUUGCUACAAGAUGUCAUAUGAAAUCUUGUAAGAUCUUAUAGGAAAUUGAUAAGAAUUGAUAAGAUCUUUUAAAAUCUUAUGAUUUCUUAUUAUACGAUCACCCAAGAUUGUAUAUGAUCUUGUAAGAUCUUCCAAGAUCUUGUUAUCUAAUCCUUGGACCUGGGUAUUUUGUAGGCCAAACUUUCACUUAGAACUUACGAUAACGGCUCCUUUGAGCGAAUUGUCCUAAUGACAACUGAACGACUGUAAGUAUUAGUCACGGAUGUUUUAUAAGUAUAGACAACUAAUUACUUAAUUGCGAGCAUGAGACGAGUAUUUUAACCUCUCUUUGAACUCGAUUAGUGCUUGGCUAGCUUUAGGGCGCUCAUUUUACUGCAGAAAGCUUUUUUGAGUGCGACUCUAUACAGAAAAAACGCUCGUGUAACCUCAAAUUUUGACUUUUUCAAAAAAACUUUUUUACCGAAGGAUAGCCUGAUGUUUGCUGAUUCCGAAUAUGUACUUACAUUUGAGUAGAAGUUGAAUUUGGCAUGAGAAAAUCGAGCGUUUCCGAAAUUACUCUAAUUUUAGCCAUAUUUUUCCAUCUAACUUUACUUCAUAAGGAAAACACUUAGGACGAAAAUUUUUUCGUCAUUAAAUUCACCAUCGUUCAUAGUAUAUAUAAUGCUAUUAAAAUGAGAGAAAAGUGAACUUACGUGUUUUGGCUAAAUUCAUAUGAAAUCUACCCACAUUUUAUCCGCAACAAUUCCAGCUGAGAGACCGUGAUAUUCGGAUCGGGCAUAUCGAGAAACCUUUUUCACCUAAGUUUGAGCUUAAAGGCAGACAAAAAGUUGCAAUCGAAAUUUUUACCUGAGGUCCCCCUCAGAUGUUUUGCCUAAAAUUUUGGACGAAAACUUUUUUCUCGAAACAUAUCGAAUUAUAUAUCAUUCGAUGCAGUUUUUUACGUAGAUUCCGAAUAUCACAUUGGUUUUGCACAAAAAUGCUUCUGAAUGUUUAAAAUUUUUUUCACUUUUUCCGUUCUGCAUAUAUAAGUUCGUGUUCACUGUGAAAAAGAGAAAAUAUAUUUUCUUCUUCUCUCUUUUCUCUCUUCCCAUAUGGUAAAACACGUUCUUAUUUGGAAUAAGUGGAUUUCUAGGCGGAGUCCGCCUAGAAGUCCACUGUAUUGAGGGAAGUAAUGCAUUGAUUACUUUUUAUAUAUUGAAAGUACUCAGUAUUACAGGCCUAUGGUCUUUCACAUGUCACGCGCGUAAUCAUCAUUCAUCAACAUAUUAAGAGUUUGCAGCAGGCUUUGUGAUUUACGCACAGGGCGGCUUUUACAUUGAGAUUUCUAAAAGUACAUCUAUUUUGAUCUAUUUAUAGUCAUUACCAUCUUUCAAAACAGUUAUAAUUACGAAACAAUUUGAAUGCUUAAAUUUUAUUACUGGUAAAGGCUUACAAGUUAAAUAUCGUUUUCCUCGUGAUUAUAAUCAUAACAAAAAUAUGGUGGUUGUUGAAUUGACGUUUUCGAAUAAAACAAAUAAUUUUAUGAAUAAUAUUUGUUUUGUUAAAAUGCAGGAAGGCAUUACAGUUGAUCCGUUUUCAACAAUUGAACGGCUCAAACCUAAUGGUUCGGCUGUAACUAUAAUGAAGAUUGAUUUCAACGAUAAAAAUCAAUCGUUUUCAUUUGAUAUAUCAUUAGAUAAUAAACUAAUACCAAAUCUAAUAAUUAAAUGUCAGGCAGGAGAUUUAAUUGAACCGAGACAUUUGAAUGAAGAAGAACUCACUCGACAAAUAGAUUUUCCGGUCAAACAAUAUCCAAUAAGGCAAUUGUAUUGA